CUGUGAUUGGUCGCAGGGGCGGCUCGAGGGCGGUGCCGCUGCUCCAGGCCCCGCCCCGGCCCCGGGGGGGCUCCCGGGGGCUCCUGGGGGCGCUCCGGAAACUUCCGUGCGCCCUGGCCAGGCUGCUCCUGGCUCACACCCUGGGCCGGCGGAUGCUGUUCCCGGGCUCGGUGCGGCUGCUGCAGAGAGCGCUGCUGCCGGCGCUGCUGCAGGGCCAGGCGCGGCUCAUCGAGCAGUUCGGGGGGCAGCGGGCGAAGCUCCCAAUUGCCCCAUUUGCCGCCCCGUUUGCCCCCCUGACCCCCAUUUGCCCCUGGGGAGGGGGGAAGUUGGCGGCGCGACCGGAAGAGAUCGACGCCAUGGUCAUCGACAGGAGGGGCCGGGACCGGGCCCGCGGGGACACCCUGGUGAUUUGCUGUGAGGGCAAUGCCGGCUUCUACGAGGUCGGGUGUCUGAGCACCCCCCUGGAGGCCGGGUACUCGGUGCUGGGCUGGAACCACCCCGGCUUCGGCGGCAGCACCGGGGUGCCCCUGCCCCAGAGCGAGGCCAACGCCAUGGACGUCGUGGUUCGCUUCGCGCUGCAGCAGCUGCGCUUCGCCCCCCCCAGCAUCGUGGUGUACGCCUGGUCCAUCGGCGGCUUCACCGCCACCUGGGCCGCCAUGUCCUACCCCGAGCUCGGGGGUCUCGUCCUCGACGCCUCCUUCGACGACCUCGUGCCGCUGGCGCUGAAGGUGCUGCCCCGCAGCUGGCGGGAGUUGGUGACUCAGACGGUUCGGGAGCACCUGAACCUCAACAACGCCGAGCAGCUCUGCAGGUACCAGGGCCCCGUGCUGCUGGUGCGGCGCACCAAGGACGAGAUCAUCACCACCACGACCCCCGAUGACAUCGCCUCCAACCGCGGCAACGACCUCCUGCUCAAACUGCUGCAGCACCGGUACCCCAAGGUGCUGGCGGGGGAGGGGCUGCGGGCGGUGCGGGAGUGGCUCGAGGCGGCGACGCCCGAGGAGCAGAGCUCCGUUCUGCGCCGCUGCCCCCCCGACGAGAGCUGGUGCCGGGAGCGGCUCCGGGAGUGGGCGGGGGACCGGAGCCCCCCCUUCCCCUGGGCCAUCGGUGAGGAUCUGAGCCCCGCCCAGCGGCAGCAGCUGGCGCUGUACCUGGCCCAGCAGCACCUGCAGAACUUCGAGGCCUCGCACUGCACGCCCCUCCCCCCCCAGGCCUUCCGCCUGCCCUGGGCGCUGUGACCCCCCCCCCCCCCCCCCCCCCACCCCCACGCCCCCCC